GUGAAGCUCAGUUGACACGAAGCGUUCAAAAUGGGCGACAAACUAUAUAAUAUUGUGAGAGUACUGUUGGCAUACCUGGUUUGCUGCCACCAAGAGAAAUCAUCCACAUCAUCAUCAACAACAACAUCCACGACAACAUCAACGAAAACAGUACAUGUUGCAGUCGGAGCAGGCAAACUUAAAGGAGGGGAGGCUCAUUAUAGUCCAGAAGAUGUAGGUGUGAUAGUUGGGACAGUUGUCGCAGAAGUGAUAAUAUUACUUGGAGCCGCGGUUGUUUUAUUUGUCUUGUUUCGUAGAGGCAUUCUGCAUAGAUUUUGGAAGAAAAGACAAUCUGGUGAUACAGUUAACGUGGAUGUUACGGAAAGCAACAACGAAUACGCCUUGCUAGACAUAAAAGAAGUUAAAAGCAAAAAUUCAUUCAUCUGCCGCUUUGCUCACUGCCAUAUUCAUCUCAGCAGGAAGAAACUUACACAGAACUCCGAGGAAAGAUGA